AUGCAACCGCCCCCGAGAAAAGGAAACUACGCGAAAUUUCUUAAGAACGUGCACACCGAACAAGCGGCGAAGUUACAGGCGAAAAAUCAACAUGAGUGCGACCUUCUGGAAGAUAUACGUAAUUAUACGAUUAAAAAGUCGGCAAUCGAAAAAUCAUAUUCCGAGGCUUUGCUCAAAAUAUCUUCUGCGUACUUGAACAAAAAGAUUCCCAAUAUACCUGAUAUAAAAGUCGAAGGCGGAGAGGAAAAAUGGAAUAUGUGGAACGUUUGGAGAACCGUAUUGGAGGAGAACGAGAAACUUGCCCGAGCGCGUUUGGCGGCUGUGGAAGUUUUUCAACAACAAAUUGCGGACGACGCAAAGAGUCUGAAGUUACAUAAAGUUCAGAUUUCGAAAAAGGCAAUCGACCAACUGAUGAUAGUACAGAAGGAACUGCAAACUUGCGUACAAGAUGUUGAUAAAACUAAGAAAUUGUACUUCGAUGAGGAGCACAGUGCUCAUGAUGUACGAGAUAAGGCAAAGGAUAUCGAAGAAAAGUUAAAGAAGAAAAAAGGCUCGUUUUUUCAAUCAAUAACGUCACUGCAAAAGAAUAGUGCUAAAGUCAGUUCAAAACGUGACGCUUUAGAGGAAAAAUCAACAGGCGCUCGGAAUGAUUAUCUACUCAGUCUUGCUGCUGCCAAUGCCCAUCAAAAUAGAUAUUUCGUAGUUGACCUGCAAUCAACAUUACAAUACUUGGAACAGGGAGUCUAUGAUAAAGUAGCAGAAUAUUUAACGCUUAUGGGACGCACAGAGCUUCUAACCUGUUUGGCAAUGCAGAACAGCUUUAGUAAAAUACGCGAUCAAGCUCAGCAACUGACUAGGGAGCACAACUUACAAUGCUGCUAUUUAUAUUAUCCAGUAUUAAAACAACAUAUACAAUAUGAUUUUGAACCUUGCGAUAACGACCCUGUCGAUAGGAUAACGGCCGAUCAUUCAGCUGCUGGAAAUUUAGGAAAGGAGGCUCGUCGCUGGUCGUCGAGAAUUGCUCGUGAGGUUACUACUAUUAGGGAAGGUGUUCGAAAAUUACAAGCUCUUCUGCAACUCAAAGAAUCCGGACAGAAGACUGAUCCAAAUGAUCCAAAUGGCCCAGAUUUGGAUACUAAGAUUGAUGAACUGAGACACGUAAUACGACGGGCUGAGACCGCCAAGAUGAAAGCAGAGGCACGAAUAGAAUGUCUUCGAAAUGGAGGAGUUAACGUUGAUGAAUGGUUACAAGAGGCUGAGACACUGAGUGUACAGGAUAUGCCAAGAUCUGCAAGCUCACUCUCUGUACGAACUGAUGCAUCUGGCACAGCGGAACACCCGUCCUCUGAUUCGUUCUAUGAUAGCGAUGGUGAUGGAGGUAGCGACCUAACUACUGUCGAGCGACCUGGAAAUGUUCGCGGUGCUACGCAAGAAGAAGAAGCUGCCGAGGAACGUCAGAGGCAUGACAGUGCUGAAGUAGAUGCUGUACUCGAACAAGAGAAACAACGAAUAGAAUUGCUCACAUUUGGUUGGGACGAUCCUACAUCAAUUGACUGGGAUAACGAAAAUAAGGACGAGACAGCAGAAGUUGAAGAGUCAUCCGAGGUGCCUUCUAACCAGCAGAUAUUUAAAUGCACUGCACUUUAUUCGUACACAGCCCAAAAUCCCGAUGAAUUGUCAAUUGUUGAGAGUGAGCAGCUCGAAGUCGUCGGCGAGGGCGAUGGUGACGGUUGGCUGCGUGCACGAAAUUAUCGUGGAGAGGAAGGCUUUGUACCUCAGAAUUAUCUUGACGUCGAAAGAGAGCCUGAUACUACAAGUGGUCUCACUUCUCAAGGACCAAGUCUUUUCCAACAAAUAUCCUUUUCUUCGGUUGAUUAUACAAUCGACGACCAUGAGGCUGUCGAUCCUGACGCCAAUUUACAGACAGCUGCCGAAGAUACUAUAGUACAAAAUCACGUAAAUGGCACUGCACAAUACUGCAUUGCUUUAUACGACUACGAUGCUACCUGCGACGAGGAACUAAGCUUUAUGGAAGGGGAUGUGCUACGAAUUCUCAGGAAAGAACCCCAUGACGUUGAUGAUGGGUGGUGGGAAGGUGAAUUAUCUCAACGGCGUGGUAUAUUCCCAUCGCUAAUUGUGGAACCCUGCGCACCGGAUGGUUCACCUCUGACGCCUCAGGAGGAUACUACACCACCAAGUUCUGCACCGCCCGUUUUUACUCCACCAGAAAUUCCAGAAUUCUUACUGGCUGAAGAUCUGGCUCAAUCUAUGGCUAAUGAAGCAGGGGAAGACAAACCUCCAGUCGUGAAUGGCGAACAGCCUCAAGGUUUUGCAAUAAAGCUUAACAAGAAUCAAAAAGAGCAAUAUGGCAUGCAAUUUGAACAGGAUGAUGAUUCUCAAACGCCCGGUAUAGUAGUUGUGGAAGUAUCGGAUGAAACAGAUGGUCAAGGGGACGUAGUCGAUGAUGUCACACUUCCAUUAAACGAAGAACAGGAAGCUCCAGCCAAAGAUGACUUCGGCUUGGGAGUGGCACAAAUCGUCAUUACUGCAGCAACACCUAUGGAAGAGAUUGAUCAUCCCUUUCCAGGUGCAGAAGAAGAAUCGGAUGAGACAACUAAAGCUGCAGAGGAAUCAUCAGAAGUGGAAGCUGAGGUGGAAGUCAUCGAGUCCGUGGAAACUAUUGAAACCGAUACCAAGGAAACUCCUGCUAUUGUCGGGGAACGUGAAGAAAUUGAAAUAACAGAAAUAACGGAGGACACUGAAGAGAAAUCAGUUGUAGAUGACUUACCAGCCGAUUCCGCUCCAUUUCCGGUAAGCAGCAGCUCUGGCAGUGAAGCUGAUUCAACAUCCGGUCCAAGUACUGCUGACAAUUCCCAAUCAAUUCCAUCUCGCGGUACCGUGAUCGAAGUGCAAUCGAACGAGGAACCUGAAAUAAUUCAGGAAAAAGUGGUUGUUGGUGGUAGAGCUAGUAUUCCGGAUGAGUUACAGCCUGAUCAGUUGGAGAAGCUCCAAAAUCUGAAAGAGUCAAAUGCCUAG